GUGUGCAAUCAGACAGUUCAGUUUGACGGUCAUUUGAGUGGGUGAUAUGUUCCAGCCGAAUAGAAUGAAGUUGGAGUAGAGGGGAGGGAGGAGGGAGGGGGUAACCAGAAUAACCGGAUUUAAUCUUCCCCCCUUUUAAUUGCGCAGAAAACGGUCAGUUCUUUCCACUUGGUCAAACCCACAGGAUCAGUUCAGGACACAUAACUACUAACUAUAGCUAAUGAUGUGUAUAGAGGAGGAGGAGGAGAAACUGGAGCUGGAACUUAAAAUGUUCCUGGAGACAAAACUUCAGGAGACAACCCGGAGACGGGGGAUAAUGGAGAUUCAGCUCAAUAAAACAUUCCGUCAUAGUGUCACACUGGAGCAGAACUGUAAAGUGGAGCAAAUGUGGAUGACAGAACAGGAGUGUAGGAGGAAGCAAGAGAUGAGAAAGGACCAGGAUUCUCAGAUUGAUCUGGAGAACAGGAGUACUUUAACAGAUGAUGUUGGAGUAAAUGAUCUCGUUCUACUGAUUGAGACACUUAGGUUACAGGAGAAGGUUUUGGAAGAAGAGUUGAGAAGAAUAGAUCAUUAAAUAAUAAAAAUCACUGAAAUAUUUUGAUUCAUUGAUCUUUUUUAAUAAGUUUUUUUUAUGAAAACUGUUACAAUUAUUUUCUUUUACAGGGAUGAAAAUUAUUAAUAAUUUAUCUAAAUGUAUUUAUGAAUCACCA